AUGGCUGAAAAUGACGGAAUGAAGCCGAUACCAUGGCAUCUGGGCGUAUUUGAUGCGCAUUGCCACCCCACCGACACGCUGUCCAGCUUGCAGUCCAUCCCCACCAUGCAGGCGAAAGUCUUGACCGUCAUGGCCACAAGAGCACAGGAUCAAGAGCUCGUCGCCAACGCGGCCGAGGAAUUCGGUGUUACAGAGUCAGAAGCAGCCGGUUUCGAGAUGGACUGGAGGUAGGUCGGGCCAGAGAGGUAUUCCUGCCGCCUUCAUCCCACUGGCUGGAGCUGACGCUGUGCACAGAAAGGAGCACAAGAUCAUACCCGCUUUCGGCUGGCAUCCUUGGUUCUCCCAUCAAAUGUUCGAUGAGACCGAAUAUGACGGAUCCGUCGUGCUCAGUGCAGAACACAUGAGAGCACAUUACCAGAGCGUCCUCACGCCCAAGCCGGAAGACAGCGACUUCAUCCACGCUCUUCCACAUCCUCGCCCUUUGGGAGAAUUCCUCCAUCAGACCAGAGAAUACCUCCAACGCUUCCCCUUGGCACUGGUUGGUGAAGUUGGACUGGAUCGCUCUUUCCGUAUACCAGAAACGUGGUUGCCGGGUGAAGCGGAGCACCGCGAUGACGCCCUCACUCCAGGAGGGCGAGAAGGUAGGAAGUUGAGCUCUUACAGCGUCAGCAUGACCCACCAGAAGAAGGUCCUAUCUGCACAGCUACACCUUGCCGCCGAGAUGCAGCGAGCUGUGUCGGUGCACGGUGUAGCGGCUCAUGGCCACGUUUACGACACUGUCGCGCAGACCUGGAAAGGCCAUGAACGGAAAGUCUCCAAGAGAGACAGAAAGCGAGCAGAGGCAACAGCAAAGCUGCACGCGAACCCUCCCGAAGCUGGAGAUGAGGUCGAAGCGGCGUCUGGGUCAAAGCCAUAUCCACCUCGGAUAUGUCUGCACUCUUUCUCAGGACCCGCCGAGACUGUCAAACAAUACAUCGCACCAUCAGUGCCGUGUGACGUCUUCUUCAGCUUCAGUACGACCAUAAACUCGUGGUCGGAUUCCGGCAAUGGUAAGGUCGAGGCUGCUGUGAAGGCUGUCCCGGAUGAUCGCAUACUCGUGGAGAGUGACCUGCACACAGCCGGAGACCGUAUGGACGAGUACCUUGGCGACAUUGUGCGGAAGCUAUGUAGCGUCAAAGGAUGGGAGCUCGAGGAUGGCGUUCGUAGACUUGGAUGUAAUUGGCGCAGGUUCGUAUUUGGCAAUACGUGA